GAGUUGAAACCUGCAUUGCCGUUCUCGUCAGCCUCCCCAGUCGGUCGUGCCAUCCUCUUCUCCUGUCAUGUCCGUGCCCAGGAACUACGAUAUGGUGUCAUCCUCCCUAGCUCCACUCCUGUACAGAAAGAAAUAAGUGUUCUAUCAUUGCUAUAUUUAUAAAGUUUUUGACGUUAAUUUUACUUUUUCACAAUUUGUCAACUAAUUCAAUUUUAUUAAGGAAGAAUAUUAAUUGACCAACAAAAACAGUAAAAAUGUUGUGCCGCUUGAUAUGGAGGCUUAUAUUGUUCUUCUUCUUCCCUCUCUGGAUAACGAUAUGGAUUGCCAAGAUAGUGAUUCCAAUAUACUUUAUGGUAUUUAAAUUUUUCUUAAGCUGGUGUUGGAGCUGGUGGUGCCCGAUGUCUGCAACUGUACUUCGAGCUGCUGAGAAAAAAUUACUUUCUUAUUUAAAAACUCCAUACAAAGGUAGGUACGUUGACAUCGGGUCUGUUGUGGGCACGUCAGAUAAAAUAUGGACGAUUGCACUGAACACAGAAUCACAGAAGAUGCCUCUCGUUCUGCUCCAUGGGCUGGGAGCUGGUGUAGGGCUCUGGUGCCUUAACCUUGACGCAUUUGCUUCCCAAAGACCAGUUUACGCCAUUGAUGUUCUUGGAUUUGGCAGAAGUUCACGACCAGAUUUCAGCAAAGAUGCAGAUGAAGUGGAGAAACAACUGGUCCAGUCUGUUGAGGAGUGGCGAAAGGAGAUGAAACUUCCUAAGAUGAUCCUCUUAGGACACAGCAUGGGUGGUUUUCUGGCAGGGACUUACGCUUUAAAUUACCCUGAGAGAGUGAAACACCUGAUCCUUGCUGACCCAUGGGGUAUGCCACCCAAGCCUGGAACUGAUCAGCCCAGGAAGUCUAAGCUGCCGUGGUGGGCCAGAGCACUACUUGUCACCAUGCAGCCCUUCAACCCAUUGUGGGCCGUCAGAGUUGCUGGACCUUUCGGACAGAAGCUGGUGGAGAGGACUCGCCCAGACUUGGUGGCUAAGUUUUCUGUCGCAGUGGAUGGUGAUGCAAAAGCCGUGUCUCAGUACAUCUUUCAGUGCAAUGCACAAAGACCCUCGGGAGAGAGCGCAUUUCAUGCUCUGAAUUCAGGGUUGGGAUGGGCCAAGAAUCCACUAUUAAACAGAAUAGAAGAAUUCAGUGAAGAUCUGCCCAUCACCAUUGUGUAUGGAUCACGUUCUUGGAUGGACACCACGGCAGGCCAGGCGGUCUUGGAAAGGAGACCUGCAUCCAGUUACACCGACAUCAAGACAAUAAUGGGAGCUGGGCACCAUGUUUAUGCAGACAAGAGUGAAGUCUUUAACGACACUAUCAACGCAGUAUGCCAGUUCGCUGAUGAGUGCAGUGACACUGAGGACAAUGUUACCAACCCCCCAGAAGAACCCCGCAUCAACAAGAAGGCCAAACAGCAAUCUAAAAGCAGCCGGGCGAGAAUUGCGUCCAAUGAACCUCCUUCCUCUGCAGUGGAUCGGGUUGACCGGAAGAAAAACAUCACUAGCUGAAACAUCAGCUUGAAAUGUCAAACUAUAUGUUAUGCACAAACCUUUAACACGCAAUGCAUUAUUGUUAUUUGUGAAUUUCUUGUAUUUUCAUAGUUGUUACAAUUUAUAAUAUAAUUGUGAUAACGCACAUUUUUUGUAAGAUAGUAGUAGAUAUUUAUUUCUCGUAAUUAUUAAGUAAAUUUUUUUUGCAUGUCUGAAUGAAAAAUAUGUAAAAAUUACAAUACAUGUUAAGGAAGUAGGCAAGAUUUGUUUGUAAGUAAAACAAAACAUCACAUUAUGAAUUUGUUAUUUUGUAUACCACAAGUUUAUUGUAAUAAAAACUAGGGGAUGUAACUAAAAUUGAUUGAAAUUUAAAAUUAGUUAUAUGAAGAAAUUACCAUUGUAGAAAUUGCAUAAGGAAUAUACUAAUAUAGGAGUGUGGUUUUUGAAUACUUUUGUUUCAAAUUGAUGUUUUAUGGGAGAGUUUCCGUCUGAUAUAGAAAUCUAAAAUAUUGAUUUUUUCUGUUAAAUUUCUUCUGUGUAAUAGACGUAACCUGUAAAUCACCUCAUCGAACAAUGUUGUGAUAGUUGAUACAGUAAUAUUUAGUCUAGGUUGUAUGUGAACUGUAAGGUAAGAGUUAAGCAGCAAUUUACUAAUGAAGAAAUCUUUAUAUUUUGUGAUUUGUUUCAAUUUUAAUGCAAGUUAGUAAUAAAGCAUUCUGUAUCAACUAUCACAACAUUGUCCAAUGAGGUAAAAUAAAUUGAUACGGUCACAUUGCAACGAUAAAAUAGCUAUAACAUAAAAUCAUCCAAAUGUCUUCAGUAUGGAUGAAUUAAAAUCAUACUUGUGAAAACAUUACUUCAGAUGAAUGUUUACCUCAUAAAUAAAUAUUAGCAUGUAAUUCCUAUGUACCUGUCUGGUAUUAUUUGGUGGAAGUUUCAGUAAUGCAAAAAUACGGUGGUAAAUUCUCUAUUCAUACGUACUUUUAUGUAACAGAAAAGUAUUCAAAACCCACACUCCUAUGUUAGUAUAUUCCUUAUGGUUGAAUACAGGUCGAGUCUGUAUUAUACUAUUAUAUAUAUAUAAUUGGAUAAGACUAUAUAAUAUUGUAUUGGCAAACAUUUUCAAUGUUGUAUAAUUGUAACAAACAAGAUACAAAGUACUCAAGAGUUCAAUUGGAUAAUACUAUAAGUGUUUUUAUUAUAGUAGGCUGUCACAAUAAAAUAUAUAUAUAUAUAAACUUCCUUUACGUGUUAUAAUUAGAAGUCACACUUUUUUCUUGCCUAAUUCCCAUUGCUUAAGCUCUUAUUUUUAACUGACAUUGGAAUUAGGUGUUUAAGUGCAUGGUAUCUUAAGCAAUGGGAAUUAGGCAAGAAAAGUGUGACUUCUAAUUAUAACACGUAAAGGAAGCAGGACUUUAUAAGACAUUUACCAUCACUAUUUGAUACCAAAAUAUAUAAGUAAUAACAAAUAAAUGUAAAUCAGCCUAUGCCUAUUAAUUCUUAGGAAUUGAGAACUUAAAUAUAAAAAUCAGUAAAACUGCCUUAGAAACUUCCAAGUUGAAGUUAUUCUUAUUGGUUGAACUACCAGUGGAUUUUUGGUAUGUAUUGUAUUUUUUGUACUGGAUGAUGGCAAAUGUCCAAAAAUCCUGUUACCUUCAUAAUUCCUCCAUCAUUACAAUCAAUGAAUAGCCAGUUAUUAUGAAUAUAAUUCAUUAUUACAGAUCAAAGUUAUAAUGCUGCCCAAUCAUGCAAUUUCAUGCGAGGUGCAAGAGCACAUCUUUAUGGCAAAGAUUUCUCUAUAUCAAUAGAAAACAUGUUUUAUUAUUUUAUAAUGCUUUAUUACUAAUUUGCAUUAAAAUUGAAACAAAUCACAAAAUAUAAAGAUUUCUUCAUUAGUAAAUUGCUGCUUAACUCUUACCUUACCAUACAAUUACAGUUCACAUACAACCUAGACUAAAUAUUACUGUAUCACAACAUUGUUCAAUGAGUUGAUUUACAGGUUAUGUCUUUUUUAAAUUAUGUUAAUUUUAAAUUAAUAAUCAGUGUAAAUAAGUAAGCGGUCAUUUAUAUAAAUAGGCAUUAAAGCUGAAAGAGUAUUUUUACUUAAAUUUAACAAAUUUAAUGAAACUAAGUAUUUCUUAUUGUGAUACCCUACUGUAAUAAGAGCACAAAAUAAAAAUUUCAAUAAACAUAAUCAAACACAUCAGUAAUAAAAAAAAAAACAGAUUUCUAAGAAAAAUUGGCUGUUUUGGCCAUCACAUACUAUUUAAUGUUGAAUAUCAGAAAUUCCAAUACACAGAGUCGAAAUUAAAUCGUCUUAUCCAAUUGGACUCUUGAGUACUAUGUAUAUGUUUGUUACAAUUAUACAACAUUGAAAAUACAAUUUGCCAAUACAAUAUUAUAUGAGACAUAUUAUUUAUAAUCACCAUAGACUGUAUAUUAAUAGUUUAAUCAGUGUUUGCUUAUUUUGUCUCUGUUAACAACAACUCACGAAUUUGCUAUGUAACAAAUUAUGGAAAAUCUAACAAUUUCAAUAAAUUAUUUAGUUAAAAAUUAUAAGUUUGAAAACAGUAAAGAUUUAAGAUGAAAUUCAAAUUUCUACAAUUUUUAUUUCAGAAUGAAUUUGGUAAAACUGCCAAAUCAUAACCAGUUUACAAAUUGUAGUUUUCGCAAUUCGACUCUGUGUAUUGGAAUUUCUGAUAUUCAACAGCCAAUUUUUCUUAGAAAUCUGUUUUUUCAUUACUGAAGUGUUUGAUUAUGUUUUUUAUUUUGUCAGAUUUUUAUUUCUGUGUAUUCUAGAGUGGUGGGCAAUCGAUUCUAUAAACUAUAUAUAAUUUGUAAAUAAAUUUUACUAUUUACCUUUGUAUUAGACUUUGAAUCCAAAGAGCACAUUAUUAUUUCAAUAUUUUAUAUUUAUCAAUUUUAAUUAAUUAUUUCAAUUACAAUAUUGUAUUUCCUGUUGAGUAACACAUUUAACGAGUAUUUUGUCUUAUGUGCUCAUUGGAUUCAGUCUAAACUAUAUUCCUUAUGUAAAUAAAGAAUUUGAUUUGAUUGGUUGAUAAAUGUUUUGAAGGUAAAUAGUAAAAUUUAAGUAUUUUUAAUAGUUGGUAGUUCAACCAAUAAGAAUAACUUGAACAUGGAAGUCUCUAAGGCAGUUUUACCGAUUUUUAUAUUUAAGUUCUCAAUUCAUAAGAAUUAAUAGGCAUAGUGUGAUUUACAUUUAUUUGUUAUGUUUUUAAGUUUUACUGUUCAGUAUUUUAAAUAAUUUUGUCACAGGUUAAUUUAGCUGAACAUCAGUGAAUAAAUAAUGAAUAUUCUGUGACUUUUAUGUUCCUUUGUGUCUUUCCUGUUAAAUUAUUAUCUAGUAUAUGUUUAUAUAUAUAUAUAUCUCAAAAUAUUCACAAAACGAGCUUAUUGUGUUAUUCCUUAUUAUGUUUCUGUUUAAAAUUUAAAUAAAGCUGUUACAUUA